GAAGCAUAAAUUGUAGCAACGGAAACACUGAAUUAGGAAGUUAACAGAGCUGAGGGACCUGCACAGUAUAAAUAACAAUUUAAUGUGAUUGUAAGAACGCUUCCCAGACUAAAGCUAACUUGGCUAUUUUGUGCCGAGUACCUUAUCUUUACGUAUAAUGGCGGUUAGUGCAGUCCAUCUAGAGUCGGAUGCUUUUUUGGUUUGUAUGAAUCAUGCGUUAAGCACAGAGAAAGAAGAAGUCAUGGGUCUGUGCAUUGGAGAGGUAGAUAACAACCGGAUCGUGCACAUUCACUCGGUGAUCAUCUUACGUCGCUCUGACAAGAGGAAGGACCGGGUGGAGAUUUCACCUGAGCAACUUUCUGCAGCUUCCACUGAGGCGGAAAGAUUAGCUGAGAUGACAGGGCGCCCCAUGAGAGUAGUUGGAUGGUACCAUUCCCACCCCCACAUCACGGUCUGGCCUUCGCACGUUGACGUAAGAACACAGGCGAUGUAUCAAAUGAUGGAUCAAGGUUUUGUUGGGUUGAUAUUCUCUUGCUUCAUUGAGGAUAAAAACACAAAGACUGGGAGGGUUCUCUACACGUGCUUCCAGUCCGUACAGGCACAGAAGGGCUCAGAGUAUGAGAGGAUUGAGAUCCCAAUCCACGUGGUCCCGCAUGAAGCUAUUGGAAAGGUGUGCCUGGAGUCUGCUGUGGAACUACCCAGAAUUCUCUGCCAGGAAGAGCAGGACACCUAUCGGAGAAUUCACAGCCUAUCUCACCUGGAUCCCAUUACCAAGAUACACAACGGCUCAGUCUUCACUAAGAACCUGUGCAGUCAGAUGUCGGCUGUGAGCGGGCCCCUGCUGCAGUGGCUGGAGGACCGACUGGAGCAGAACAAGCAGAGCAUCGGCGAGCUGCAGCGGGAGAAAGAGAGGCUCACCCAGGAGCUGGCCGCGAUGUGAUCCUCCACCCGCCAUCUUCCCAUCCCCCCAUCCUCCCCCCCAUCAUCCCAUCAUCCUAUCCUCCAACCAUCCCCCCAUCCUCCAACCAUCCAUCCGUCCUCCACCCCCCAUCCUCCCAUCGUCCUAUCCUCCCAUCCUUCAACCAUCCCUCCACCCCAUCCUCCCAUUGUCCUAUCCUCCCAUCUUCCAACCAUCCCUCCACCCCAUCCUCCCAUUGUCCUAUCCUCCCAUCCUCCAACCAUCCCUCCACCCCAUCCUCCCAUUGUCCUAUCCUCCCAUUCUCCCCAUCCUUCACCUAUCCUCCAUCCCCCCGUCUUCCCCAUCCCUUCUUCUUCCCCAUCCCUCCACCCACCCCCAUCCUCCCAUCCCCCCAUCCUCCCAUCCUCCACCCCAUCCACUCAUCAUCCUAUCCUCCCAUCCUCCAAUCCUCCAACCAUCCCCCCAUCCUACAACUACCCUCCCCACCAAUCCACCCAUCUUCCCCCAACUCCCACAUCACCCAGACCCAUGAUUGUGUGUGAGGAUGUCACUCUCUGCACAGUUCUGUGUAGAUCAACGGGU